CUUCAACACAAGCACCAACACACAGACUGACUGACCAGCGCUGUCCAGCCGCCCUGAAGCGCAGAGCCUGCUGUGUGGAUGUGUGCAGCCCCCUGGACUUGGUGGGAGGGGGAGAAGUUUCCCCAAAGACAAGCUUGGAUCACUGAGAGAGAGAGACGAUGCCUUCCUCCUCCUUCAGCCCAGUCUCACCAGCUGCUCAGUGGAUUUGCUGAUUUCCGAAAUUAAUUUUCUGCAAGUUAUUCAACGGGACUGAGGGGAGAUUUGAAAGCAGAGGAUGCUCCCACAGGUCAUUCGGAUUCUGUAUGUCUUGUCUUUCUGCUUUUUCCAAGGAGGCUUUAUCAGCCCUCUCGGGCCUAACUGGGCACUGCUGCCAGUGGACACUUUGUCUCCAUGCUGACGGCGUUACACGUCCACUGAGCUCCUGUAAGGAGGAGAUAAAGCCCCCCAGCAGGGCAGGACCACAGCUGUCGCCUUCUGACUUCCUGGACAAGCUCAUGGGGAAAACAUCAGGAUAUGAUGCCCGCAUCAGACCCAACUUCAAAGGCCCACCUGUGAAUGUCACCUGUAAUAUUUUCAUCAACAGCUUUGGGUCCAUCACAGAAACUACAAUGGACUACAGGCUCAAUGUAUUUCUACGGCAAAAAUGGAACGACCCUCGCCUGGCAUACAGCGAAUACCCAGACGACUCCCUCGAUCUGGAUCCGUCCAUGUUGGACUCUAUCUGGAAACCUGAUUUAUUCUUUGCAAACGAGAAAGGAGCUAACUUCCACGAGGUCACCACUGAUAACAAGCUGCUACGGAUUUUUCAAGAUGGCAGCGUUCUGUACAGCAUCAGGCUGACUCUUACCCUGUCCUGCCCUAUGGACUUGAAGAAUUUCCCAAUGGACAUUCAGACCUGUACAAUGCAGCUUGAAAGCUUUGGUUACACCAUGAACGACUUGAUCUUUGAGUGGCUGUCUGACAACCCCGUUCAGGUGGCUGAUGAUCUUACCCUCCCACAGUUUGUGCUUAAAGAGGAGAAGGAUUUGGGCUACUGCACUAAGUAUUACAACACAGGUAAAUUCACCUGCAUCGAGGUGAAGUUCCACCUGGAACGUCAAAUGGGCUACUACUUGAUCCAGAUGUACAUCCCUUCCCUCCUCAUCGUCAUCCUCUCGUGGGUGUCUUUCUGGAUAAACAUGGACGCUGCACCAGCCAGAGUGGGUCUGGGCAUCACCACUGUGCUGACAAUGACCACGCAGAGCUCUGGUUCGAGGGCCUCGCUGCCCAAGGUGUCCUAUGUGAAGGCCAUUGACAUUUGGAUGGCGGUGUGCCUUCUGUUUGUGUUUGCUGCCCUGCUGGAGUACGCAGCAGUCAACUUUGUCUCAAGGCAACACAAGGAGUUCAUCAGGCUGAGGAAAAAGCAGCGGCAGCAAAGAAUAGUGUUUGCCAGUCCGCCUGGGAGUGUUGAGUCGUUGCGGAAAGCGAAUUACCUCCCUGGUAACAACUCAGCCUACAGGAACCUGAAUCAGCCCUGCAGCGCCUGUGCCAGGGAGGAGGAACUGGUGAGGGAGAGCCGCGGAUUUUACUUCCGGGGUUACGGACUGGGUCACUGCCUGCAGAACAAGGAUGGUACCACUGUGGAGGGGGCCACUGUGUUCACCCCGCCGCCUCCCCCUCCUCCGGUCACCAUGUUCGACGGAGAGGUGCUUCACAAGCGCUUUGUGGACCGGGCCAAGCGCAUUGACACCAUAUCCCGAGCCGUCUUUCCCUUGAGCUUCCUCAUAUUCAACAUCUUCUACUGGAUCACCUACAAAGUGCUGCGACACGAGGACAUCCAUGCAAAUUUGUAAAAAACACUCUCUGCCGACUCCAGUUGCUACGUUUUAGGUUUUUUUCUCUCAGAACCAAAACUGCCUGUCAGAUCUACAUUACAACGAGGAAAUGUGUCAAGAGGCGUCUCUGCUUCUUAAAAACCAUUGCUAUAAAAACUUUGUGCUCAGGUGCGUCUUCAGGAUCUCAGACCGAAGAGCGAUUAAGCCGAAAGACGAGGUUAAGCUUUGUGGAUUCAGGCUGGUGUUGUUUGUGAAUGCCCUCUCGUGUCUGUCUUGGUUUGAUUCGUGCGGAUUACAACAGAGACAAAACACUGCUGGUUAUUGGUGGGUUCGUGACCUUUGCUUGAGAUGAUGAGAGCUCAGAGAAGGCGAUGUUGAUCCUGGCUGGAUGAGACAAACUGACUUGAAUUUUGACACUGCGCAUCUUUGAAUGAAUGUUUUUGAAAAUUCAAAAGAUUAAAAAAAGGGUUUUUUUUACACCUUUAGAGUAUCUAAUGGGUACCAAUGGGUGCAGGGGAGGAAUGGGUCUUUGAUAUUUAUUAUUAUUCAGUAAGUGGUGAUAAUUCAAUUAAGAUUAUAUAUAUAUAUAUAUAUAUAAAACAGUGUAUAAAGUGUAUAAAAGCUGUUCAUUAAACUGCACAAAGCACAAAUAUGUAUUUCCUUUUGUCUAAAUUUAAAUAAAUUGUUAUUCUGCCAGGAAAACAAAUGAUUUGUUCCUCUUUAAACUCAAGAUUCGAUUGAUUACUUUAAAAAAAUAAAAAAUAAAAAAAAAGCAGGAAAUGCAUUUUUUAAGUGUAUAAGAAAUUCAGUCACAGCAUAAAUGCAUCACACACAGUUGCUUUUCUAUUUUAGUCCUUAAAUAGACUCCAUCAGCUCCAAAUCCAAGGAGGCAAGGAAAAACCUUCAAGGUGAAAAUCAAUACAAUAAAGCAAAUUGUAAAUUCUGCAACUAAGUAAUCCGUUCACAUCAGUGGCUCUGGGUCUUUGUUUUUGUUUAU